AUGAGCUUCAAGAUGUUUUACGAAGAUGGCCAAGGCGAGAUUUUAGAUGAAAACGGAGCUGAAACAAUGGACUGGGAAGAGGAAGGCGAUCCUUUUAACAUUGAAACACUCAUGACCUUAACUCAGUACCAGAGGACGCGAGUAAUGUUAAAUCUCGACCCUGCCGAG